GAGUUUCGCCUGGGCGCAUGCGCGGUGGGCACGGGAAGUGGCUACUCGUUCCGCGCCUUUUCCGGUGCUGUGCCGAGACCGGACAGGAGCGGAGCGGUGCCCGGAGCAGACCGGACCAGACUGGACCGGCUCCAGCCCCAGACCACUCAGAGCAAGGGAGUCCGAAUCAAUGAGCUCGUCCGAAAGUGCGGUGCCGGUGCUGUAGUUACAGCGCGGGCGGGGUUCACACAUUCACUGACAGCUGCAGCACUCAGUCGCCGAGUCAAGAGCAGGCGGCAGGAUUUCAGGCCUUCGCUCUCUUUCCUCCAGCCCAGACGUCCGCCACGCGCCUCUCGCUGCCCUAGUCUCUUAUGUACUUUCUAGAAGAUGGGAAAGGUACUGUCGAAGAUAUUUGGGAACAAGGAGAUGCGUAUAUUGAUGCUUGGACUUGACGCAGCCGGUAAGACCACGAUCCUGUACAAACUAAAACUGGGCCAGUCAGUCACCACCAUUCCCACCGUGGGCUUCAACGUGGAGACAGUGACUUAUAAGAACGUAAAAUUCAAUGUCUGGGACGUGGGUGGCCAGGAUAAAAUCCGGCCUCUGUGGCGGCACUACUACACUGGGACCCAGGGAUUAAUAUUUGUGGUAGACUGUGCCGACAGAGAUCGGAUAGAUGAGGCCAGGCAAGAGCUCUUACGCAUCAUCAACGACCGGGAGAUGAGAGAUGCUAUCAUCCUGAUAUUUGCAAAUAAGCAAGAUUUGGCCGAUGCUAUGAAGCCACAUGAAAUUCAAGAGAAAUUAGGUUUAACUCGUAUCCGGGAUAGAAAUUGGUACGUGCAGCCGUCCUGUGCAACUUCAGGAGAUGGACUAUUUGAAGGCCUUACGUGGCUAACGUCCAAUUACAAAUCUAAAUGAGUAUAUAAAAACAAAACUUAUGGCAAAUAAUUGCUUCUCGGAAGAAUAUAUACUGAGAGAAGUGAUCGUUGCCCUUUUACUAAUCAUUGUUUGCUUUUUUUGCAUUUGUUGGCUUUGCUUUAAUUCAGCGCAUAUGAAAUUUUCUAACCUUGAGAGCGACAACGCAAUAUUAAGCAUUUUGAAAGGUUUUUCUUUAAAACGUUUGCCAUGAUUUGAAUAACUUCCUCUUUCUGUAUUAUGAUUCGAUUCGAGUUUUCCAAUACUUAAAGCUGGUUAGACUUCCUUUUUAAUAGCUUGCUGUAGAUCGCCGAUUUUAUAUUAAUGGAAAAAUGUCUGGACUAUAUUUCGAUUAGUAAAUAUGAAAAUUUAUUUGAACAAA